AUGUCCCAAACAAAUCAGACUGACCAGCUGCUCGAACUCCUCCUCCAACUCAAGAAAACAACGCCAGCCGCCGCAAAGCAAAUAUUGAAUGCUCAACCUCAGAUUGCCUAUGCCUUGAUCACGCUUAUGGUUACCAUGGAUGCCGUGGAUAUCGAUGUCUUUCAGAGGAUAUUGGCAGAGUAUGGGCAGCAGCAAGCACAAUUGGCACCACCACCACCAGUCGUCACGCCGACACCGACACCGACACCGCCAGUGCCACAGCCAACGUACAGCCAACCUCAGCCGUCAUACCCAGCUUACGCCGGGCAACAGCCAGCACCACCCUUGGAUAUUCUCGCUACUAUACCUGAUGACCAAAAGGCUAUGAUUAUGCACGUUAUACAGAUGACCCCGGAGCAGAUCAACGCUUUGGGGCCUACAGAGCGGGCAAGUGUGUUACAGCUCAGAGCUUCAUUACUCGGCCAGCCUGCCUCAUGA